CAGGAUGUUUCCUCAAUGAGAAGAACACUAUUGCACAAUGGCAGUUUUUGAUACUCCUGAGGAGGCCUUUGGUGUCUUACGUCCAGUCUGUGUUCAGCUCACAAAGACCCAGACAGUGGAGAACGUGGAACAUCUGCAGACACAGUUACAAGCUGUGAGUGACACUGCCCUUCAGGAACUUCAGCAGUACAUCCUCUUCCCUUUGCGGUUUACCCUGAAGACCCCAGGUCCCAAAAGAGAGCGCUUGAUCCAGAGUGUGGUCGAAUGCCUCACAUUUGUCCUGUCUUCAACAUGUGUGAAAGAACAAGAGCUUCUCCAGGAACUCUUUUCGGAGCUCUCUGCUUGUCUGUAUUCACCCAACUCCCAAAAACCCGCAGCCGUGUCAGAGGAGUUGAAAUUGGCUGUGAUCCGAGGACUCAGCACAUUAAUGCACUCGGCUUACGGGGACAUCAUUCUGACUUUUUAUGAGCCCUCCAUCCUGCCGCGUUUAGGAUUUGCUGUAUCUUUACUGUUAGCCCUAGCAGAACAGGAGAAAUCAAAGCAAAUUAAAAUUGCUGCCUUAAAAUGUUUACAGGUUCUACUCUUUCAAUGUGAUUGUCAAGACCAUCCAAGGUCCUUGGAUGAGCUUGAACAACAGCAGCUGGGGGAUUUGUUUGCCUCUUUUUUGCCUGGAGUCUCAACUGCCCUGACCAGGGUUAUCACAGGAGACUUUAAACAAGGUCAUAGCAUUGUUGUGUCUUCCCUAAAGAUCUUUUACAAGACUGUGAGCUUCAUUAUGGCUGAUGAACAGCUCAAAAGAAUCUCAAAGGUCCAAGCAAAACCUGCAGUUGAGCACAGAGUAGCAGAGCUGAUGGUUCACAGAGAAGCAGAUUGGGUAAAAAAUACUGGCGACAAGUUGGCUAUCCUUAUUAAAAAGAUAAUUGAGUGUGUUUCAGUUCACCCACACUGGAAGGUGAGGCUGGAAUUGGUAGGACUUGUGGAGGACCUUCUUUUGAGGUGCAGUCGGUCACUGGUUGAAUCUGCAGGUCCCCUUCUGAAGGCUUUGGUGGGGCUAGUAAAUGAUGAGAGUCCUGAGGUCCAAGCCCAGUGCAAUAAAGUCCUGAGACAUUUUGCAGAUCAGCAAGUAGUAGUGGGCAACAAAGCCUUCGCUGACAUCUUGUCAGAAAGCCUGCAUUCCCUCGCCACUUCUCUUCCCCGCCUAAUGCACUCUGAAGAUGAUCAGGGCAAGUUCUCUACUCUUUCCUUGUUACUUGGUUAUCUGAAACUCUUGGGCCCAAAAGUAAACUUUGUCCUCAAUUCUGUGGCCCAUCUCCAACGCCUUUCCAAAGCACUCAUCCAAGUUCUAGAGCUAGAUGUGGCUGACAUCAAGAUUGUGGAAGAGCGGCGUUGGAACUCUGAUGGUCUGAAUGCUUCUCCAAAGACCUCAGAUGCACAACCAUGGAACCAAAUGCAGAGGAGAUAUUUCCGCUUCUUCACUGAUGAAAGGAUUUUCUUGCUCCUGAGGCAAGUUUGUCAGCUUCUUGGUUAUUAUGGGAACCUUUAUUUGCUUGUGGAUCACUUUAUGGAACUGUACCACGAAUCUGUGGUUUAUCGGAAACAAGCCGCCAUGAUCCUUAAUGAACUGGUUGCAGGGGCUGCUGGGCUGGAGGUGGAGGAUCUUCAUGAAAAACAUACUAAAACAAGCCCAGAGGAACUAAGAGAGAUCAUGGCAUCUAUACUUGAAGAAUACACUAGUCAAGAAAAUUGGUAUUUGGUUACCUGUAUGGAAGCUGAGGAAGUGGGAGAGGAGCUAAUGAUGAAGGAGUCGGGCCUCCAGGCCAUCACAUCUGGUGCACACACCCACCAAGUUGCAUCUUUUCUAGCCUUCUCAAAACCAAGUGCCACUGUUUGCUCCAUGAACAGCAACAUCUGGCAAAUAUGCAUCCAGUUGGAAGGAAUUGGCCAGUUUGCAUACGCACUAGGAAGAGACUUUCGUUUGCUCUUAAUGUCAGCCCUCUAUCCAGUACUGGAGAAGGCUGGAGACCAAACCCUACUUAUAAGUCAGGUGGCCACCAGCACCAUGGUGGACAUUUGUCAUGCUUGUGGCUACGGCUCCCUGCAGCACCUCAUCAAUCAAAAUUCAGACUAUUUAGUCAAUGGGAUCUCUUUAAAUCUGCGGCAUCUGGCGCUGCACCCUCAUACCCCAAAGGUCUUAGAAGUCAUGCUGCGGAACUCAGAUGCUAGCCUGCUUCCUUUGGUGGCAGAUGUGGUUCAAGAUGUCUUGGCCACCCUGGACCAAUUUUACGAUAAGAGAGCUGCCUCCUUUGUCAGUGUUUUGCACGCCCUGCUGGCAGCAUUAGCCCAGUGGUUCCCAGACACAGGUAAUCUCGGGCUACUCCAAGAACAAAGUUUAGGGGAAGAGGGAAGUCAUUUGCACCGAAGACCAGUGACUCUUGAGAAUAGUACCACAGCCGAAGACAUUGAACAGUUUGUGCUGAACUACCUCAAAGAGAAAGACGUAGCAGAUGGAAAUGUCUCAGAUUUUGAUAAUGAAGAAGAGGAGCAGUCAGUCCCUCCCGAAGUGGACGAGAAUGAUACCCGUCCAGAUGUGGAGCCGCCACUGCCAGUGCAGAUUCAAAUAGCCACAGACGUGAUGGAGCGCUGCAUCCACUUGUUAUCAGAUAGAAACCUGCAAAUCCGCUUGAAGGUCUUGGAUGUGCUGGAUUUGUGCGUGGUGGUUCUGCAGUCCCACAAGAACCAGCUCCUUCCCUUGGCGCAUCGGGCCUGGCCCUCACUCGUGCACCGACUUACACGGGACGCCCCCCUGGCAGUGCUCAGGGCCUUCAAGGUUUUGCGUACCCUGGGAGGCAAAUGUGGCGACUUUCUACGGAGCCGGUUCUGCAAAGAUGUCCUGCCUAAGCUGGCUGGCUCCUUAGUCACCCAGGCUCCCAUCAGCGCCAGGGCUGGACCAGUUUACUCACACACACUGGCCUUCAAGUUGCAGCUGGCUGUCUUACAGGGCCUGGGCCCCCUCUGUGAGAGACUGGACCUAGGUGAGGGUGACCUGAAUAAAGUGGCUGAUGCCUGCUUGAUUUACCUCAGCGCCAAACAGCCCGUGAAAUUACAAGAGGCUGCCAGGAGCGUCUUCCUCCACUUGAUGAAGGUAGACCCGGACUCCACCUGGCUGCUCCUGAACGAGCUGUACUGCCCCAUGCGCUUCACACCUCCCCACCCCAGCCUCCACCCCGUGCAGCUGCGCAGGGCCCCCGAGCAGCAGAACCCCUACUUGGCCAACGUGCUCCUGCUGCUCAGGGAGCUGCAGUGACCCCGCUCUGCCCUCUACAGAGGCCUCGCCCGUCCCCUGCCACCGGAGUUGGGCUGACCCAACCCGGGCCAGAGGCGGUGGCAACAGCAGAGAAGGUGGAUUGGACAGCUGAUCGAUUUAUAAAUUGAUCUAUCACACAACUGCUUAGAAAUUGGAUUGAAGGAGAGUAGCUGACUGUUAUUUAUGUUUCAUACCUUGUGUUUGCAAAUGACUUUGGCGGCUCUAAGGGUUUAGCUCCUUAGCCCCCCAUCUCUAUGUCCCUCACUGCCUCCCAGGCCACCCCCA